CAAGCAAAAAGAAAACCUCCUCCGAGGUCCAGAGGCUGCCGCCGUGACGUUCCAGCGAACCGCCGACCUCCUCCAUUCCCGAUUUCUUCUGUUUUUUUUCUCCUCCUUCUGCUUCUUCAGCUGGAAGAAGGUUAGAGGAGGUGCCUGUAAGCAACCAGCGGAGCUCUUUGUUUGUUAAAUUUUCAAAUUUCAAAUACGAUUGAAAACAUUUUCAAACUUAAAACAGUAAAUUUAAAUUUCUAGAAGAAAACCUAAAAGAAAAAAAAACAAAGGCAUAGCGGAAGAAGGGAUGUGCACGGCAGAUGGGUCGUCGAACGCAGCGGAGGUGCCUUCCCCGCCCAAUCCCACUACUGGUGGCGCCGGAAAAUCGCCGGUCCAGAUUCCCAUAUCCUGGCCCGACGAUGGUUCCCUGACCCUGGAGUGGGUUGAGAACCUUGCCUUCAUCUUCGAGUGGUCUUCCAGGAGCGUUGCACCCUCCGACUUCCCCUCCGUCCUCCCCGUCCCCGUUCUCGACCGGAUCAUCCUCACUGCGUCGAAGAUCGUCCACGGCGAGCCCAAUUGCUUGAGGAUCGACGUCCCCAGCGGGGACAAUCAGAGGGUUGUGGUUGUGGGCGAUGUGCAUGGCCAGCUGCACGACCUCCUCUUUCUUUUGCGGGAGGCAGGUUCGCCUUCCGAUGAUCGAUACUAUGUCUUCAACGGCGAUUACGUUGACAGGGGAGCUUGGGGUUUGGAAGUUUUUUUGCUUUUGCUGGCAUGGAAGAUUCUUUUACCUCUAAGAGUAUUCCUUCUUCGUGGUAACCAUGAAUCUAAAUAUUGCACAUCAGUCUAUGGCUUUGAAAAGGAGGUGAUGGCCAAGUAUGGUGACCAGGGGAAACACGUCUUUAGGAAAUGUUUGGGAUGCUUUGAAGGUCUCCCCUUGGCUUCCAUCAUAGCUGGUUGUGUGUAUACCUCUCACGGAGGUCUUUUCCGCAGCAUUGGAUUUGCUUCUUCCAAGAGAGCUAAAUCAAAGAAGGGACGGAAAGUAGUUUCCAAUAUCAAUCUCAAAUCCCUCACCCUUGGAAGUCUGGAGGAAUUAUCUAGAGCUAGGAGAACGGUUCUUGACCCUCCUUGGGAGGGUUUGAACUUGAUUCCUGGUGAUGUUCUGUGGUCAGAUCCAUCAAUGAAUCCUGGCCUUUCACCAAAUAAAGAGAGAGGUAUUGGCCUUUUAUGGGGUCCAGACUGUACAGAGCAAUUCCUGAAGAAGAACAGUCUAAAGUUGAUUAUUAGAUCACAUGAAGGUCCUGAUGCGAGAGAAAAACGUUCUGGACUUGCAACAAUGCAGAAGGGUUACACAAUUGAUCACGAAGUAGAAUCAGGGAAGUUGAUCACACUUUUCAGUGCUCCUGACUAUCCACAAUUUCAGGCCUCAGAAGAGAGAUACAAUAACAUGGGAGCAUAUAUAGUUCUGGGACCACCUGAUUUUUCUACCCCAAUUUUCUACAGCUUUGAUGCUGUUAGGCCCAGGCCAAAGGUGAAUGCAUAUUAUGAUUAUGAGGACGUAAUCGACUCUGAUGAGGAGCUCGACUUGGGAUCAAUGGCACCUAGUCAAGCCGACUUUGUAGAGCAUUAGUGUAAAUUUUUAUUACGGUAUGAGUAUAGAGGUGUUCCAGUUCUACUAUAUAUAUAUAUUUGCAUAUUCAUUUAAUUCUGGUGGACGUCCUCUUCAGCCAUCACAUGUAUAAUUUAUUUCAUUUUCAGCGUGCUACUCUUCUGGUCAAGGCUUUUCAGUACGUUGUGUAAUUGAUUGAUUCCUUUCUGUGUCUUUUUGUAUUCUCCGUUAGCGCUUCAAUUUUCUUCCUUUUGGGUUCUUGUGAAAUGUCCAUCGGAUCUUGGGGCCUAAGAAAUUCAAUUAGGGCCAUUAGUUUGUAGAUGAGCAUAGCUUUAUCUGACUUAUUGAAAAAGUAGAGAACAA